UAUUCUUUGUAAGCCUAGUCCUUAUUCUAUCAGUAUCUUUUACCGAACUUACCACACAUUUACUCCUGCACCGAGAUAGAUAGGAAAAAAGAAAAAAAUGUUAAUAUAGAUGUACGUAUGUGUGUAUACACACACACACACACACACACACGCACACACACACACACACAUCUACAUUUAUUUGGUUCCUCCCUCCAGCAUUAUUUCCUGCAUGUUUUGGUGAUAGCAGCAGUGGUCAAGUAGCAGCCACAGUGUUGUUGCUGUAGCUCUUGUUGUUGGUGGUGAUGGUGGUGGUAGGUUAAUCACUUCUAGACAAUUCCAGGUGGGAAUUAUAUUUAAAAAUGAGACGAUUAAAGUUAAAAUCUUCAGGGAAAACUUCAAAAACAAAAGAUAAGGACCACACUAAUACUCCUUCGGCACAGCAGACCAGCAGAGGGAGUGGUGCCAGCAAAGAGAAGAGCGAGGGCAAAGCAAGCAAGAGCCAAUCAAAACAGAGCAAGGUCGUCAAGGCAACAGCAGCAGCUUCAUCGUCAUCAGCAGCUGUGUCUGUUGUCACGGAGAUGGUCUUCGACCAAUCAGUGUUGGAGAGCCUGGACACAUUUGACCUUUCGGAUAACGAGGCCUGGGGACGUCUCCCUGUCGACCAGAUGCCACAGAGAUUCUCACAGUACCGUUGGCUGACAAUGAAAAAGCUGAAAGAACUGGAUGAGCAUUUGAAGUUGACAACCCUACGGACACAGCGUAAAGUGGAAUCCUUGAAAUCACAAUUCCAGGAGCACAGGUUCAAGUGGGAUGAGGAACGAGAACUGUUACAUGAACAGGUGAAACAACUGCGCCACCUGCAGGUGACAGCUGAAAAAGAGGCUGACAAUGUGAUGUCACAGUUGGAAGACUUCAUUAGUGAACAGGAGAAGAUGGAAAGUGAGGACGUGACAAACGAGAAGAACAACAUUCUCCAAGAAUCCAAAACUUUCAUGAAAGAUUUCCAAAGAAUAUCAGAAGGAAACCUAAUGUCCGGCACUGUGCCAGAUAUCAGAGGUGAUGCUGUGGAGAGCAUGCCUCACAUACAGGAAGGAUACUCUGCAGAUGAGGUUGGGAAAGUUAAAUUCUUAUUGUCACUGUUGUUGUUGGUGGUGUUAACGUGUUCAUGUUACAGUUGACCCAUAAAUGUGUGUGUGCG